AUGCCUCGUGGACGCCCACCCUACCUUCCAGCGCAGGAGAAUGUUGAGAAUACGUACAUGGAUCCGCAGUAUAUCCCGGACGGCGACUACACUAUCGCGCAGAUCAAUCGAGGCUCACUUGAAUCCGACGUUCGUGACGCAUGGAGUGUCAUCCUUUUGGAUGUCUUCAGUGUGUAUGAAGGUUUUAGGAUCAACCAUGAAGCUGACAUCGCGGGCGGAAGGGUCGAUAUCGAGGUUUGUCGCUUGAGCAACCACCAUAGGCUGAACUUCCUCGUUCUUGAGCUUAAGCGAUAUUCAUACCCGAAUUCUGAUACUGCACUUCACGCUGCCGAAAUUCAGUUGAGGAACUACCUCAGAUCCCUUGGAAGCACAGAGGUGGAUAAAUUGUGGGGUGCGCUGUGCAUUGGCAAGAGCGUUCAAUUCUACCAGUUCACCCAGGUAAAUGGUAGAGGUCAGCUCGUAACCCUUCAUGAAGGCAUGCUGCGGAUUGAUAGGCAGCCCCAAACGGUGACGCAGUGGCUGCAGUAUAUCAGGUCAAACAUCAUUUGA